AUGGCCGACAUCUCCAGGAGCAGUAGCUCCUCCGCUACCCCUUCUGCCCCUCAGCGCAGCCGUCUUCAGAGGCGGCGACCGGCGUCCUUGCAGAUCUAUCCCCCUGUGUCUUCACGUUGGAACGCAGCCAUCCCUCUUCUCUCUCCGCUUUUAACUUCACCUACCGUGAUUGCUGAAAUGACAUCGCGGGAGGAGAAACAACAGCCGUCGCAGCAUCGGAAUCAGGAAACGGAUCCGGAGAAGGCUGAUGCUUCUUUUUCAUUCAAUAAGUGGGAUCAUCCGGCAUCUCCUAACUGCCACGAGAUCGAGACGCCUUCAUUGGCCCCCAAGUUUUGUCUCGCCUGUAUAGACGUGGAAUGGAAAAAGAUAUGGAAGUGA